AUGCUAUUAUUCACGGGCGAGGACAGGCGGAACGGCAGCAAAAGUCGGCCGGCUAUCACUUUGGGUGAAGGAGUGGCUAAAUGGUCGAGCGCGCGCGAUCGGCUGCAGAGUCGUAGUACUAGACGAAAUAAGCAUUGGGAGCUGAGGCGGUCGAGGGCGGCGGAGGGAGACGGCGGCGGCGGCGUGCGGGAGCCUUUUCGCAGAGUCCUUGACCGUGAGACCUGGCGCAGCGAGAAGGAGGAAGAAGAAAGAAGAAGAGGAAGAGGAGGGAGAAGGCGAGGAUGUGAAGGAGAUGAAGAAGUGAAGUUCGGCCUCGCUGUCGUUUUUCCCUUUCUCGCUCUUUUUUCGUUCUUUCGCCAGCCAAACGAAGGCGAAGGAGCUAGUCAGGGGGUCGACGAAUCGGGUUAG